AUGCCAGAUAAUAGUGCUACGGAGAAAUCGAAUGCAAUCCACAACACCGUUAGCGUUGGUUAUGGGGACCUUGAUGAUGUGGACAACAUCAUUUCAGCGGUUGUUUCACCAGGUGGGAGAGAAGUGGUAAUCAAUAAAAACGACGUCGAUGAUGCGAUGCGAUAUGCUUUAGAUGCGAAAGGAGUUGAGAUCGAUCCUACCUUUGAAAAGAAGUUAGUUAGAAAGGUCGAUAUCAUGUUAUUACCACUUAUUGCUCUUCUCAUGUCUUGCCAAUUAAUGGAUAAGACUACCAAUUCUUAUGCAGCUUUAAUGGGGUUCAGAGAGGAUUUGGGUAUGACCACCAAAGGGUACUCAUGGGUUGGAAGUACCUUUUAUUUUGGAUAUAUGGUGUUUGAAUAUCCGGGCACCAUGAUUCUACAGAGGUUCCCACUUUCUAAAGCUCUUGGUAUAGUCGUUAUUCUAUGGGGAGGGAUCUUGAUGCUUCACGCUGCUACCCAGAACACAGCUGGAUUUUUGAUAUUACGAUUUAUUCUCGGCAUGUUUGAAGGGAUGAUGAACCCAGCUUAUAUGAUGUUGGUGUCACAAUGGUGGAAGAAGGAAGAACAAUAUAUGCGAUCUUGCAUUUAUGUUGGUAUGCAAGGUAUGGGAACCCUUAUAGGGGCCGGGGCAGCUUACGGGUUAUACAUCCAUAGGGGUAUCACUGGCCAUGUCUUUGCUUCUUGGAGAUUGUUCUACAUUAUUACUGCUGUUAUAACUAUUGUAUUAGGGGCUAUCUCAUUGAUUCACAUACCAGAUAUUCCGACUAAAGCUUGGUUUUUGAAUGAUACUGAAAAGAAAUAUAUUGUUCAAAGGAUUAGAGGCAAUCAACAAGGUUUUGGUAAUCAUCAUUGGAAGAAAUCACAAGUAUACGAGGCAUUUACGGAUAUUCCUAGCUAUAUUCUUUUCAUCUACGGAUUUACCUAUGCUUUGGCCAAUGGAGGUUACAAUAAUUUUGGGAGUAUCUUGUUAAAUGAAGAUUUUGGGUUUGAUACUGGCCAAUCAAUGUUGAUGAAUAUGCCAGGAGGUGGUAUCGAUAUUGUGUUUCCGCCAUUUGUUGCUUGGAUUUGUUACAAAUUCUUGAAGAAUCAUCGUUUAGUUGUAGCAAUUAUUGUCAACGCUAUUGUUUUCAUAGGGAUGUGUUUAUUGAAUUUUACCGGACACAGAGGUUCUAAAUUGACUGGAUAUCUUUCAUUUUACAUGGCAACUGCUGUUUUAUCAUGUAUGUUCUCUAUUAUUUCAUCCAACGUUGCUGGUUCCUCUAAAAAAAUAACGGUUUCCACAAUAUAUUUUGUCGGUUAUUGUGUCGGUAACAUUGUUGGACCACAAACAUUUACAACUUCUCCAUAUGUGGGGGCUAAAACUGCCAUGUUGGUUUCUUUUGCCGUCGGGACUGGCUGCUUGACGUCGUUGCUUUUCAUCUAUAGUAAGAGAAACAAAGACCGUGAUGCACAUAAUGCUGCUUUGGGAGACAAAUAUGAAGUUCCAGAAAACAUUGAAUUCGCGGAUUUGACUGAUAAGGAAAACCCAGAAUUCAGAUACUCAUUGUGA